AACCUGCAUACAAUUCUGAAGAAAUUCAGAAAAUCCAGCUAAGCCAAGUUAGUCCGCCCGCCAGCUAUGCGGACAUGGUUGCGAGCGGCCUCAACCUCCUCCUCCUGACCUCCUCCUCCUCCUCCAUAAAAUGCGGAAGAAUCUCGAAGAGUCCCAGACGCAUCAAACCGCCCUCCUCUGUCCCUCCCUCUCCCGUCUGCCCCCUCGCAUCCCCAAAUUAAGCCCCGCGCGCAAGGCAGCAAACGCGCCGCGCACCGGAAGGCCCCGGGGAGCUGCACGAGGUGGCCCCAUUGCGGCAUGGCUGCUACGGCCGCCGCCGCUGGCGUCGAGUUCCCGCUCAUUGGCGUUGCCGUGGCCACGCUCAUCGUGACGGUCCUUGUCGCGGCCGUGAUGCGCCGCCGCCGCCGUCCCUGGCACCAGGCGCCUCUGGUGGAGGGGAAACCCGCACCAGAGGCAGGCUGCGCGGUCAGCGAUGGCGGGACGGACGUCAUCAUCGUCGGCGCCGGGGUAGCUGGAUCUGCGCUGGCAUACACGCUCGGAAAGGAUGGCCGUCGGGUGCAUGUCAUCGAGAGGGAUCUGACAGAACCUGACAGAAUUGUGGGCGAGCUGUUGCAACCUGGGGGUUACUUGAAAUUAAUUGAGCUGGGCCUCCAAGAUUGUGUGGAAGAAAUUGAUGCCCAACGCGUGCUUGGUUACGCAUUAUUCAAAGAUGGAAGGAACACAAAGCUUGCUUAUCCCCUGGAGAAGUUCCAUUCUGAUGUUGCUGGUAGGAGCUUUCACAAUGGGAGGUUUAUACAGAGGAUGCGUCAAAAAGCUGCGUCUUUGCCCAAUGUCCAAUUAGAGCAAGGAACUGUUACCUCACUUCUUGAAGAAAAUGGUACUGUUAAAGGUGUUCAAUACAAAACCAAGUCAGGUGAAGAACUAAAGGCUUAUGCGCCCUUGACGAUUGUAUGUGAUGGCUGCUUUUCGAAUCUACGACGCGCCCUUUGCUCUCCAAAGGUUGAUGUCCCAUCAUGUUUUGUUGGGCUGGUAUUGGAGAACUGCCAACUUCCACAUCCAAACCAUGGCCAUGUUAUCUUGGCCAAUCCUUCUCCAAUCUUAUUUUACCCAAUUAGCAGCACAGAGGUGCGCUGUUUGGUUGAUGUCCCUGGUCAGAAGGUGCCUUCCAUAGCUACCGGUGAAAUGGCAAACUAUCUCAAAACUGUUGUUGCACCCCAGAUUCCUCCAGAAAUCUAUGACUCUUUCAUAGCAGCCAUUGAUAAGGGAAGCAUACGGACAAUGCCAAACAGGAGCAUGCCAGCGGCUCCACAUCCGACCCCUGGUGCACUUCUGAUGGGGGAUGCGUUCAAUAUGAGACACCCUUUAACUGGUGGAGGAAUGACUGUUGCAUUAUCUGACAUCGUUGUCCUGCGUAAUCUGCUCAAGCCUCUCCGCAAUCUUCAUGACGCAUCUUCCCUGUGCAAGUACCUUGAAUCGUUCUAUACACUGCGGAAGCCGGUUGCUUCCACAAUAAACACAUUGGCCGGUGCUCUGUACAAGGUCUUCAGUGCCUCGCCUGAUCAAGCUAGGAAUGAGAUGCGCCAGGCUUGUUUUGAUUACUUGAGCCUCGGAGGCGUCUUCUCGAACGGGCCUAUCGCUUUACUCUCUGGCCUUAACCCUCGGCCACUGAGUUUAGUUGCGCACUUCUUUGCUGUUGCUAUCUACGGUGUCGGCCGCUUGAUGCUCCCUCUUCCUUCACCUAAACGAAUGUGGAUUGGAGCUAGACUGAUUUCUGGUGCAUGCGGCAUCAUCCUCCCUAUCAUCAAAGCUGAAGGCGUGAGACAGAUGUUCUUCCCUGCUACAGUACCCGCAUAUUACCGGGCCGCACCUACGGGAGAAAAGGCAUGAACAGAGAACCGAUUCCGUGCUGCUGGUCCGACCAUGAAUGAUCUCAUGGCAACUGAUGUUUCACGGAUGACAUUUUUCCUUUGCUAGUGGUUAGUUAUUGGUUAUUGUUAGACCGUCGAUGGAAUGAGGAACCUGUAUAGUGUUUGUCCUGGGUACUGGUAAAGUUGGAAAAUGUGUUGGGUUUGUUCUC